AUGGAGACCACUGAAGACUUUGACACGAUAGACGUGGAACUUGAUGAGCUAUUCAUAAAGAAACAAACGCCUAGAUGCAAAGACGGGUUCUUGAACACAUUCUGUGAAGAAGGCCUGGAAGAUUGCUCCAUCCCCGACGUUGAAAUCGAUGAAAGCGAUGGAGAUGACUCCUUUGAUUUGAACCCUGAAGAUGAGACAGAUGAUGAAGAAGUUGAUUCGCAAAAAGGGUUAAGUGAAAAAGAGGAUGAAGACGGUGCUGAUUUCCAAUACAUUAUACUAGAUCCAAAGGUGAAAUGGAACAAAAUGAGACUAGUUUUGGGAGAGAGAGGCUUUCCAUCGGUUCCUUAG